GACGGGAGCACAACGGAUCACUCGACGUGCUGGUCCGUCCGAUUCGUGAUAUUGGCCAAAUAUUUGCACCUUCGGCGGUUUGGCUGCAAUUGGGAGUGGAUUGUAUGCGACAGUUAAGUGCGAGCGAGGAGGCGCUUUUUCUGUGGAAUAGAAGCAGAGCGGAGCAAACCCGGGGAGGAUUGGACGGAACAAUGAAGGCGCAAGUGGCGAUGUUUGUGUCUCUGUUGGCCCUCGACGCGGCCUACGGCCAGGCCAGCUAUUCCAUUCCCGAGGAAAUGAGCAGAGGCUCGUUGGUGGGCAACAUCGCGCAAGAUUUAGGCCUGGAAACGCGACGGCUGAUUUCGGGCAAAGCCGAGAUCUAUUCCAGGAACAAUGAAGAAUACAUCGAGCUGAGCCGAGAGAAAGGACUCCUCCUCGUCAGGGAGAGGAUCGACAGAGAGGCUCUUUGCGCGCACGCCGAGCUUUGUGCGCUGCAUUUGGAAAUUAUUCUGGAGAGUCCGAUGGAAUUUUACAGCGUCACUGUGCAGAUUGCAGAUAUGAAUGACAAUGCACCAAUCUUUGAAAAAAACGAGAUGACAUUUAAAAUAAGCGAGUCUGCGACCAUCGGUGCAAAAUUUCUUCUCGAAAGGGCAGUGGAUCUGGAUGUUGGGGUGAACGGCGUUCAUAAUUACGAAUUAAAACCAUCGGAUCACUUUGCUCUGAAGCUACAAAAUAACGCGGAUGGAAAUCAAAACGUGGAGAUGGUUUUACAAAAGCCUUUAGACCGAGAGAAAGAGGAGCAGAUGUCGCUGGUGUUGACGGCUGGAGAUGGAGGAGAGCCGCGCAUGUCGGGAACGAUGUUGAUUCUCAUCACAGUGUUAGACGCGAAUGAUAAUGCCCCCGUGUUUACGCAGCACACUUACAAAGCAACCGUGACUGAGAACUCAGCUGCGGGGACGAUCGUGGCAACCGUGUCGGCGUCGGACGCUGACUCCGGCUCCAAUGCAAAAAUUUCAUAUUCGAUUCAAAAUAUGGUGGGAAAUUUGAAAAACCUGUUUCAAAUCAAUCAAGAGAAUGGCGAAAUAUCACUGAUUGGAAAUGUAGAUUUUGAAAAGUUGAGACAUUUUCAAUUAAAUUUACUUGCAAGUGAUGAUGGGGGACUCACAGAUUCUUCUAAGCUGAUGAUCGAUGUACAAGAUAUCAAUGACAACACACCCAUAAUUAAUAUUAUGUCCAAAUCAAAUGUGAUAUCAGAGGAUGCUGAAAUCAAUACUGUUGUGACAAUGAUCAAUAUAGAAGAUUUAGAUUCAGAAGAAAAUGGAAAUGUAAAUUGUUUUAUCAGUGAAAACAUCCCAUUUAUUUUAAAAAAUUCAAAACAUAAUUACUACACUUUAAUGACAGACGGUGACUUAGACCGAGAGCGGUCGAGCGAGUACAACAUCAGCGUGACGUGCAGCGACGAGGGCGCGGCCUCCCUCUCCAGCAGCGUCACUCUCAACUUGCACAUCUCGGACGUCAACGACAACCCGCCCGUCUUUGAGAGGAGCUCGUACGAGGCCCACGUUGCGGAAAACAACGCAGCGGGUCUCUCCGUAGUCACGCUGAAAGCCAGAGACGCAGACUGGGGCCAGAACGCUCGAGUUUCUUACUUCCUGGAGGAGGAAGAAGUUCACGGAGUAGCCGUGUCUUCUUUGGUCUCCGUCCAUCCGGAGAGCGGCGUGGUCCGGGCGCUCCGAUCCUUCGAUUACGAGCAAAUCCAGUCCUUCCGCUUCAACGUGAGCGCCCGCGACUCCGGAUCCCCUCCGCUGAGCUCGGCGGCCGCCGUCCGCGUCCUGAUCCGGGACCAGAACGACAACGCCCCUCAGGUGCUGUACCCGGUCCAGACGGGCGGCUCGGGGCCGCACGCCGAAAUGGUGCCUCGUUCGGCGGACGCGGGCUACCUGGUGACGAAAGUGGUGGCGGUGGACGUGGACUCUGGCCAGAACGCCUGGCUCUCCUACAAAGUGCAGCAGAAAUCUUCCCCCGACAGGGGGGCGCUGUUUGAAGUGGGCCUCCACAAUGGAGAAAUGCGAACCGUCCGCCAAGUGACCGAUAAAGAUGCCGUCAAACAAAGACUGACCGUCGUCGUGGAGGACAACGGGCAGCCCUCUCGUUCGGCUACGGUGGUGGUUAACGUGGCGCUGGCGGACGGCUUCCCCCAAGUGCUGAGGUCGGAGUUCACCGACGAGGACGAGCGGGAGGCCGACGAGCGGCUGACUUUUUACCUGGUCUUGGCUUUGGCUGUGGUCUCCUUCCUCUUCGUGGUCUGCUUGCUGCUCAUCAUAUCGGUCAAAGUGUACAGGUGGAGACAGUCUCGCGUCCUGUACGGCUCCAACCUCCCCGUCAUUCCGUAUUAUCCGCCGCGUUACUCCGACACUUUGGGGACGGCGGGGACUCUCCCGCACGUCUACAAUUACGAGGCCUGCGCCACCGCAAAAAGUCACGUGACGAAUACGCAAGCCGUGAGUCAAAGUUUAGUCAGUGUGGACGGAGCGGACGCUGACGGGCCGCACGGCGGCGAGCAAACGUCGGGAAACUUCUCUCAGAUGUCGACUUUGGUGAGUCGAACGUUUCACCUUUUUCUCUCCAUUUGAUGGCUUUCACUGUUUUUUCACAUUUGUAUGACUCGUUUUCUUUUGUUGUUGAAAGAUUUUGAGGCGGAAUGGAACAAGAGUGGAAAGAUAUUAGUUGGUCAGUUGACUUCGUAUUUGUUGAAUUUAUUUACUUCCCAUUCAGGCUUGACAUUUGUUUUGUCACCUGGGACUGUGGGUAUUGUUUUCCCAGAGUUACUCGCCACUCAGCAUUUCCCCGAGGUUCACUUUUGUUUAUGUUUGUGAGUCUA